CUAGAAAUAGCAUACCUCAGAAUGUAUUUUGGGAAAUUCCAAUCUAAUCAAUUUAAAAGAGUAUCCUUUCAGAAAGAAAAUUGGGACACUGGUUUGACAAGUACAGUUGUAACCUGAGGCACUGGGACAUAGUAUCUGAAGUAUGGACUAUUCUAGAAAUCAUACAAACAAAUUUUUAAAAAAGCGAGAUUCAUGUUACUGCAUUUAAAAAUCUUUAUUUUUGAACUUUAAAGUACCAGUGAAAUGACUCAUUGAUUCUAAAGUGAGAACUUUCAGAUGAUAUUCUAAUAAAAAAAACACGCUUCACGUAUCAUUUUCUGAUAAGUUGAAGAAUUGUUAGUUGGUAAAGACGAAGGCUUGGACUUCCUUAUUCAAAAACUCAAGCCAUUUAUCUUAAUUCUGGUGCAUCUGAAAAGAACUUCCUCUAGGGCCAGGAAAUCUUGCAAGUAUGAAAUAAUCUGAAAAGAGGAGGUAAAAAAGGAAGUAACUGACCAAAGUGAAAAAGAGGAACAAGUACUAAACGAAAGCAGGCUUAAUGCAUAACUGCACAAACAAGAGACAGUGUACUAUGCCAGCCUGAAGGUUACUGAAUGGCAGAUCGUUCAACCCUCAUUUUCUUGAGUUUUCUGUUUUGUUAUCAUCUUCCAUUCAUUUUUGCUUCAUCUUGUGAUUCACUGAUAGAAAAGGAUAUAGAAUGGAGUAAAAUCCCCUGCGAUACUGUGCAAUUGUACAGUAAUGGUUGUAAUGUAAGAAGCAUCAGAUGCAAAGAAAACUAUCAUCCAAGACAAAACUUACUCAAUCUCUCCUCUAACUGCAUCAGAACUUUGCCAGAUAGUGUUUUUUCAAGGCUAAAAGGAAAGUGCCUGCAGCAGUUUCCAGAAUUAUUUUUGAACCGUACACCACUACAAAGAAUUACGUUGGACUGUACCUGUGUAUUCAUUAAGGACAACAUCAAGCUGCUAAACAAUACCGUCUGUGAAGAAAUGCUGAAAAGCUGUGGGGAUACUUCAGUGGCCUUUUCCAUAGGAAUUUUUCUGUUUUUACUCGUGGUGUUCUUGGGAAUUGGGUGCUUUUGGCACUGGAAACACCCUGACACAACCCGAUUUACCUUGCCAAAGUUUUUGCGACGAAGAAGCAGCAAGAGAAACAACUAUGCUAAAACGCCCUCCUUGAGUUCCCAAGUUAUUGGCCCAAAGCAUAAAAUCUCAGCUCAAACCCAAGAUCACAGAUCUGCUAUGGGGAAAACUACCAUACACGGCAACUAUGAAAAUGUGGAAGUAAGACCUCCCAAAGCUAAAGAAGAAACUGAUAAGGAAAUAUAUGAAAACACAAGGCAGUCCAGUUUUGAGGAGCAUAUCUAUGGAAAUCAAACAUCAUCUGACUAUUACGACUUCCAGGAGCCUCAUACUUCUGAAGCCCCUCAAGAUGAAGAUAUAUAUAUUCUUCCAGAUUCGUAUUAACUUUUCAAAAUACUGGAUUUAGUUAUUUGAGGAUAAAUAUUCACUGGGGUUUUUAUUGUACUAAUAUCAUUAUUAAUCAAGUUCUUCUGAUGAAAUUCAGUGGCCGCUCAUCUAUCUCUACCCCUUUGAAUCUUUUGUAUGUGUAUCAAGUAGAUGAAUUCUAGAUGUCCUCUCUACCCUCUUUGCCUUUAGGUUAAAUCUGUAUUUAUAUUAUUCUUCCUCCCAAAUGUUACCUGAAUUUAUCUCUUCCUUCCGUUUCUACCGCUACCAUUUUUUUCUGGCUCUGGAUAAUUGUCACAGCCCCUUCACCAGUCUUUCUGACCUUAGUUUCUACCCACUCAAUUCCUCGUGAUGCUGCCAGAUUUUAAUCUUCAGAAAAUAUCCUCAGUGUCUACAUUACUCCUUUGCUUAAGAACUUUUAAUGCCUCCUCUUUGCUAAAGACAUAAGACCCAUAACCCUAACUCCAGAAUUCAUGAUUUUCCACAGUUGGGCCCAAUUUACCUUUCCAAUGACUUUUUCCUAGUAAUUCCUCACUUCGCUGCUUUCAUCAGAAUCAUCUAAAAACCUGCCAAACUCAUCUCAACUCCAUAGUUUUGCUUGUAUGCCCCCCUCAAACCUGUCUUAGACCGUAAGUUCAACGAGUCUUCUGAAUCAUUUCAAACCUGCAUUUACCUUUUUUUUUUUUUUCUAACUUCCUAUACUUGUCCUGCCUGCUCAAUGUCUUAGGCAUUUAAGCAUAUCAAUAUUUGUUAUAAUAUUUUAUUACUAAAUGUCAUAUGAAAAUGCCUUAAAUUCUCAGCUAAAGAAUAAGGAACUGCCUCACAUUCCUAUUUUUAUCCCCAAUGCCUAGACCAUCAUAUGAGGCAGUCAAUACUUAUUGAAUUGACAUGAAUUGAAUUGUAUAUUUUGCUAAGUAGCUUUGAGAAAAAUCUAAUAAAUGAAUUCAUUACUCAUCCACCCAGGCAAUAUUUAUUGAGUACCUUCUGUCUGUUACAGUCCUGUGCACAUGACCAGGGCAGGGGAGGGGAGCACAACAGUGAAAAGAGUGACUUGAAUCCUGAACAGGUACAGUCUAGUAGGGAAGAAAAGCAAUAUACAAAACAAGCAAACAAAUAAAUACUGUUCUAGUUAUUAACUAUGAUAUCUCAUCUCUGAACCUCCCUUCUAUAUGCUGCUCUGAAUUGCUUGGGCUAGAACUUGUCAAAGUACAUUUUUCCUUUGUCAGGUGACUCCAUGUUAGGCUCUGCCAAAACUGGGUGCUAAAGAAGACUGGAAGACAAUUUACCAGUUGCCAUUAAGUCAAUUCAUACUUACAGUGACCUCAUGUGUGUCAGAGUUGAACUGUGCCCCAUAGGGUUUUCAAUGGCUGAUUUUUUCUGAAAGUAGAUUGCCAGGCCUUUCUUCCAAGGUGCCUCUGGGUAGACUCAAACCUUCAACCUUUCAGUUAGCAGCUGAGGACUUAAAACCAUUUAUGCCAUAAGUCAAAGCCAACUUGAUGGCAAGUGGUUUGGAGCCACUAGGUGGUGAAAAUAGUUAACACACUUGACUGCUGAUCGAAAGGUUAGAGGUUUGAAUCUACUCAGAGGCACCUUGGAAGAAAGGCCUGGUGAUCUACUUCUGAAAGAUCAGCCAUCAAAAAUCCUGUGGAGCACAGCUCUACUCAGACACGCAUGGGAUUGCCAUGAGUUGGAUUUGGCUUGACGGCAACUGGAAGGCUAUAGGAAAAAAAAAUUUUUUUCUUACUGUCCACAUCAGGUCAGAUACCCUAGCCAUGUUCUUUACUCCAGCAUUAGCUGGAGUUUUUAGCUUCCAGUUUCUGGCCCCUUCCAGCAUUCCCAGAAACAGUUUUAUUGCCCCCUGUCAGAAGUACCAGCACCUGCGAGGCAGUACUCACUCCUUACAGUCUGAGGACCAGCCUCCCAGGACUCUUCUCCAAAUUCCUGAGGUACUAGCAGGAGCCAAGCAGCACCUGCUCUUCAGAGUCCUGGGUGCCAGACCUGUAGUUCUUCUCCUAGGUUCCAACAAACCCCAGGCUAAGGGGUGGUAGCUGCUUCCUGAAGUUACUAUCUCUGUGGUAACUCAGUGUCUCUUUUUUGCCUUUUCAAUCUGCUAAUGCUUGUGUAACUAAUUCCCUAGAUUAAAUUCUCUCUGUUAAAACAAGCUGGUAUGUUUGUUGGAUGAAACUGAAUGAUACACACAAAAAUGGUUGUAGAUACUUUGAAGAAAAAAAUAGCUAUUUUUAAGAGCGAUGAGGUUAACAAGGGAAGAGGAUUUUAAUUUAAAUAGUCAAAGGAGGCCUCUCUAAGAACAUGCUUAAGCUGAGGGUAAGAAAGGAUCUAGUCACGUUAAUGUGAUGAUGGUCAAAGGGUAGGGAUGGGAUCAGAAUGUGAAAAGAACCUGAAGCAUGAAAGAAUGCAUGGUGCUUUAGGAACUUAAAGAAAGCUACCGUUGCUGGAUCUUAGAGAAGAGGGGUUGAAGCGACGACACCUGAUGGGUUGGUGAAGAAGGGACUAGCAGACCAUACAACCUCUCAUAGGCCUUUGUAUGCAUCUUAGAUUCUAUUAUGAGUGUAAUUAUAAUGUAUAAAAGAGAUUUAAGCCAAGAAGUGACAUGACAACAUUUUUUAAAAAGAUUCUGGAUUGAGAAAUGACUGUAAAGGGGCAAGAUGGAAGUUGACAGGACAGUUAAGAAAUUUUUACAUUUAAUUUAAAUUGGAGUGGUGGCAGCGCAAAGACAUUGACAAUGCUUCCCUAUAUUUUAGAGAAAAUGCCUAUAGUAUGCACUGAUGAACUGAAUGUGUGUAUUUGAUUGGAGAGGGGUAAGACCUGGGAUUGUGGGAAAGGGAAGAAUCUAGAAAAGCCAACUCUAUUUCUGGCUGGAGCAACAGGGGUGAUUGUAAAGCAUUUUACUGAAAUGAAGAAUAUUUAAAGAAGAAACAGGUUUGGGGGUAUAUAAGUUAAGCAUGAGUUGGACUGUCAAUAACAGAAAAUCAGGCUACAUCGACUUAGACACCUAAUCAUUUUAUUUCUUUCACAUAACAAGGAGACUAUAGUUAGUCAUCCAAGGGCUUGUUGUAUUGGCUCAGUGAUACCAUCAGAGAUCCAGGAUCUUUCUAUCUUUCCUCUCUGUCGUUCUUAGUGUUUGACUUUUACUUCAUAUGUGCUGUCUCACAGUAACCAUCUGGCUACGGAAUCUCCAGGCCUUACAUCCAUGUUCAUGAGGAAGGGAGAAGGAGAAAAGGAAAUAUCAGGAGAUAUCUGUGUAUGUCCAGAAUUGUGUCACAUGGAACUCUCUAGGGUGGGAAAUUAAAUUUUAGUCUUUUUUCAUCUCAUAGAAAUGGAGGUAAGGGAGAGCAGGAAUUGUAAGUGGAAUUUGGGUCAGCCAACCUAAAGAUUUGCCGCAUGGUCAAUAAUCAAUUUUGGGCAUGUUUAUUUUGGUAUGUUCUAAGACAUGUAUUAAGACCCAAGUAGAAAUAUGCAGUAGGUAGAUGAAUAUACGUAUUUGGAUUUUGGAGAACAGGUCUUAGUUGGAGAUGUAAAUUUGAGACCUUUAAGCAUUUAAGUGGUUUAAGCAUUUACAAGAACAAGGAUGUAUGUAAUCACCUGGGAAAAGACUAUAGGGAGCAGAGAGUGAAGAACACGGAGAGAAGAAGGGGAGGAAUUUAGAAGUUUCUCCCCAAAGCAAUAUUUAGAAAUUAGAUCAAUAAGGAGAGUCUAGCGAAGGAGGCUGAGGAAGAGUGGCCAGUGAGAAGGGAGGUAAAUUCUUAUGAAAUCUACAAAUGGUGGUUGAUAUUGUGGAAUAUAUUAUAAAUUGGAACUUAUCUACUAUAGUUAAUUAUCCAAAGGAGUCCCUAGGCAGUGCAAACAGUUAAGCCUUAAGCUCCUAAUUGAAAAGUUGGUGGUUCAAAUUCACCCAGAGGAACCUUAAAGGGAAGACCUGGUGAUCUACUUCUGACAGGUCACAGCCAUUGAAAUCCCUGUGGGGCACAUUUCUACCCUGAAACACAUGGCAUCACCAUAAGUCAGAAUCAACUCCAUGGCAACUAGCUUGUUUUUGCUCUCCAUUCUUCUCCCCAUCCUAUUUCCUAAUUCCUCUUCUGUCUCCUCCUUCUUCUUUCUUUCUGUCUUUCUCCCCACCCCACUCUCCAGUUUCUAUCUCCAAGGAGUGCUGAUGGUGCAGCGGCUAAGUACUUGGCUGCUAACCAUAAAGUCAUGCUGUGGGAGAAAGAUAUGGCAGCCUGCCUCUGGAAAAAUUACAACUUUGGAAACCUUCUGGGGCAGUUCUACUCUGUCCUACAGCUUCGCUAUGAGUCACAAUCAACUCAAUGACAACAAGUUUUGGUUUUUAUCUACAUCUCAAAAGUAAAAAAAAAAAGGCCAAUGAGAAAUAAAGAUAAUAAAGUUCAUGUCCAUCUAUUGAGAGCAGUUUUUAUUUGUGUUAUAUUGUUAGCAAAAGUAACCACAUGCACCACAAUGAGAAGAGGAAGGAUAUUGGGGGUGGGAAAAGAGAUGGUACCAUCAAAUACAUUGAAUGUGACUUUGCUAUGCUAUGUACUUAGAAAUGUAGGCAUGUUUAUAUCCUAUGACUCAUGGCUAGUUACUGUAAGACAUCACGGCCAGCAUCCAGCAACAAUGAGCACUUGGCUUUGACCUCUCUCUCAGCCUGUAAUUUGAAACACUUCACUUCAAUCUGCCUUAUACUUCACUUCUUAACCUAUUACUUAUUUCCACAGCAACCCUAGCCCAUUUGUAAGCUUCCUUUACAACUUCCCAGUUAUUGCUCAGCCCAGACACUUGAGGGUGCUUCUUCAGCAUCCAUUUCUGGCUUCUUACCUCGGUGGUGGCACUUACUCUCCCCUUAGACAAUACUCCCUCACUGUCCUGAUUUAACUCCCCUACCCAAUCCAGCCUAGUCCCCAGGCUCCUACUGAGACAUAGGCCCUGGUGGUAUUUCUGUCAGGUUCCUUUCAGCUGCUGUGAUCGGGUACCAGAUAAACAAAAAAAAAAAAUUUGCCUUUCAGCUGAUUCUGACUCAUAGCAAUCAUGUAGACAGUGUAGAACUGCCCCAUAGGGUUUCCAAAGCUGCAAUCAUUACAGAAGCGGAUUGCCACGUCCUGCUCCCAUGGAAUGGCUGGUGAGUUGGAACCACUACCUUUCAGUUAGCAGCCGAGUGAUUUAUUCAGUGAGCAAUAGGCAUGGAUAUUGAUUAUUCUAGCAAAAAAAUGUCCUGUUUAGGACUUUAAAAUUGUGGCCAUCUUCUCCAAGUCCAAUUCUGAAGUUGAG